UUAAUUCACGUGCUCUGUACAAAAAGUAAACAAACGCAUCUCAAAGUGCUAAGUUGAGCUCGUCGAAAUCGUUAAUUGUGAAUUUGUAAAUAUAAUAAAAAUCAUAAAUUGUCUGCAUAAUGAAGAAUCGUCCAUUGAAGCACAAAUCUACAAAUGCAUUUAAGUUCAAAUCAUCCAACGAUCGGAAUGCUGGAGUCGAUGUGCGCCGGCAGGUGUUUUAUGAUGCAAAAUAUGAAUACGAGAAGACAGAAGGAAAUCAGUUCCACUUUCAUGAGGCCAUCGUUAAAUGGAGCGCACUUAACGCGACCAAAGAGUAUCAACAGUUUCAUGGACCGUUGCGCUGUAUAGUCACUCUGCCAGAUUUGCUACACAAGAAGGAAUUCGUCUUCGACCAUCUACUUCAGUGUCUUAGUAAGGCGACUGAGCUAUCGUUGCAGGCGAUAUUAGAGUUCCCGGUGGCGCUGGCUAAAGAUCUUCGCAACGAAUUUUCUCCGUUCUUUUUGAUUAUAUUCGACGAAUUAAUCAAGUUGCUCAAUACGAAUGACCCCGAUCGAGUGGAAUGGAUCCAGAUAUGCAUAGCGCAAUUGUUCAAAACACAGAAGAGUUUUGUUAAGAACAAAUUAGACUUGUUUUUCGGCCGAAUUGUGGAAUUACUCGAUGACGCCAAGCCUCUUUAUAUGACUAAUUUCGCAGCUGAAUGUUUUGGUUUCAUUGCCAAGAACACCACGAACAAAAGAGAUGUGAUUCUAAUGGUCGCAGCCGCUGUGAAGAAAAGACCAUCCAUUACAGUAGGAUGCGGUAGAUUAUUGUUUGAAAUAAUGCGUGGUGUUGAUCAGCAACUUCAUAGUUGCGCGGAUGAGCUCUGGAGCAUUCUUCUCGCAGAAUUAAUGAAUGAUGCAAACACAGAAAGUGACUUCGAUCCAAGGAUUCUUUUCAACACUCUUGUGCAGACCGUCACCGACAUGACAGAAUGCAUCCGAAGUGCGCAAUUAGAACCUUUUUGGAAUUCCAUUCAUCAGGCCAUUGAUCAAAUGUUGGAAAAUCCCAAUCAGUUGGAUAAAUGCUCCUGUAACUAUGUUUUACAAUUGACUGGAAUAGUUGUUGAACAUCAACAUGGCAAAUUGCUGAAUGAUUCCCCACGCUUGGUUGGACAAUUGGUGAAAAUAGUCAAUACCAGCCAUUCGGAAGAAGUGCUACAAAGUGUCACUAAAAUAGCUGCCGUUAUGAUGUUGUCCAAAAAUUUGAAACUCUCUCAGAUAGAGGGAAGCCGUUUGUCGAAAAACAUCGUAGCUGUUCGUGAUCGUUCACGGCAUGCGUUCGAGACAUUUGUGAUUAGUGUAACCGAUUAUGCCAUGUUCGACAACCUAAUUUGGCCUGAUUAUUUGAAAUACUUCAAAAAUAAUUUCGACUUGAACAGCUUACAAGUAUUACUGCGGAUAGUAACGAAGAAAUCACCUCUCUGUGGAAAUGGGAUCAAUUUAAGCGAAUGGAAACAAUUUCCUAUAAGGCUGGACUGCAACAAGACGAAACAAAACUUCGUAAAUCUACUGCAAGGUGAAUUUGGCAAGGAUCACAGUCCUGAGUACCUGAUGUGUGUGAUUCUUUUGCCCCAUAUCGUGGACCUGGAAACAAACGAUGAAAUCCUUAAGGCUGUGGUACGAGAGGUUGAUUCGUUUUCUUCAAGAUUGGACAACCAGGACAACUUCGUCCCACUGUGUCUUAUGAUCGAAACUUUAGUCCACAUGAACGUGAAGAAAACGGAUAUUUUCGUCGGAACCGUAAAAAAACUACUGCCUGCACUCUCAAGCACAAAGAAUGAGUAUCUGCUCAAUGCCAUCGAUCUAUGCUUAACAAAGAUUCAUCUCAGAAAGUCGCAUCUGCUGGACGACAAAUUGUUCGACAUGAUUCAUCUACACCUGAAUGAUUUUCUAGGAUCUGUCAAUCACCCAGCACGACUGCUUGUUACGCAUAGUUUAUCUUUGUUCGGUCAUCUCGAACAAAUUAAGAUAAAAAACGAAGAGCAAACACUGUUCGACAUAUUAUAUGCCAUUGAAACAGUUGAGCCCAAUGUUCACACAUAUCGUGAUCAAAUAAUGCUACUGAAAAAACUCGAAUACGAUACCGAUUUCUUCCAGAAUAUGAGCGGUGAAAGGAGACUAGAUGCGAUGAAAUACGUUAUAUCGAUAUUGUCAAUGAACUUCCUGAAGUAUUGGGAGCCGGCGUGUGAUGUGCUACAAACUUAUGCAGACAAUUUCGCUGUUUCCGACUUCUGGAACGUCUACAAGCAACAAUUGGACCUCGUAACAUCCGGCGUAUGCUUGCAAUUGUCAACGAACGCAGCGACCGCUGCUUAUGAAGCUUAUAGUUUUCUUCAAAAUCUUGAAACGAAAACAAAUGUGCUUAUCGAAAAUCGCAUCCCGAUGGGUUACCGAGAAAGGCUCCUGAAUGCAUUGUCACGGUUCAGUAGGAUGCUAGAAGCGAGAGGUGCAGAUAUUGUGCGAUCUUUUUUCCAUUUCAUUGAGACGGAAUAUCAGACAAAACCGAGCGCGGGAACGACCGAAAAAAGUCCAAAAGUUACCCAACAGAUAUUGAUUUCCUACUUGAAAAUAUUUGCGAACUUCAAAAAUGCAAAAGCAAUACACAGAUCAGAUGAAUUAUAUGAACUCUACCUGGAACUGGUGACCCAUCGUUGUGCGGAAGUUCAAAAAUUGGCACUUGAUUGCAUUUUUACUUACAACAAACCUUCGUUUGUGCCGUAUAAGGCUAACCUGUAUCGUUUAUUCAGCGAUAAGGGCAUCAAAGAGGAGCUACAAAACUUUUUCAAAGCGGAUGACGACAACAAGAGUGAGCUGCGCUGCAUAGUACAGAAUGAGCAUCGUCCAGAGGUUGUUCAACUGGUCAUCCGAAUUGUUCACACCAAGAUGGUGCAGAAAACUACACCGGAGGAGCUGAAGCCGUUGCUGCUGCGCUUCAUUGGAAAUUUCCGGGAAGAGGAAAUCAGAACAUUCAUUAGCAAAUCAUUCAACUACUUCGAGCGGUUGUUGAAAUCGAGCCCACUGGAAACAUAUCAUCAUAUAGCAGAAGGAGGGUGUGAUUUCGAUGACGUUCCCACCAACCGAUUCAAAGCACUGAUGAAGCUGAUCGACGACAUUCGGGAUCAAUUCGCGGGAUUGAAGAAUAAAAGCUUCAUCCAGCAUUUACUGCACAUAAAGCUGUGCAUGGAUUCAGUGCUACUACAACUAGAUCAUUCCACAGUGAAAGAUUUGAAAUCACAAACUCUUUUAAACAUGGUCGAGUUCUUCAAACAUUUUGCGGAUUAUGAAUGGCGCGAAGAGGAAAUCGAAGCUAUCUUCUUCAUUUACGUUUGGCCCCAAAUGGGUAAACUGGAAAGCGAUUGUAUUCACAGCCCAACACCACUGUUGAAGCUAUUCAUCGCAUGGAGCAAGGAUCCAAGAUAUCACCCACUGCUGGCCAAAAUGGCACCAAAAACGCACACUUUGGCUCGCCUUACUCCUCUGGAGAGCGUUACAAGCUUACUGAUUGGAGAAAAAACCAACGUGAAGGUGUGUCAAGAAAUUGUUAAGAUGGUAAUCAGUUUGUUCACCAUGGAAUCAACAAGUGGUAUUGAUUCACUCCCCUUGAGAGAUGUUCAACCAAUCGACAGAGAAGAGAUCGAAAAGAGCAAUUUAAAUGUUGGCAGCUACUUAUUGCUUCCGCAUGUAGCAAAUAUAUUGCUCUACAUACAUCGAGUUUUGAAGCGUCAGCGGUCGAUUACAAACGACCACUUGUUCAUAUUGUCUCGUGUGGCUGAGUAUGCCAAGGAUCCGGCGCAAUGUGACUCCUUGCUAGAAUUAUUAGUGCCGAUGACCGUGAAGAAAACAACAUUAGCUCAUGUUGAACCGGAAACUAUCCGACAAAUGAAUGCUACUAUUGACUCUUUGAUUGAAUCCGUAUCAAAUCCAGAAAAAUAUCUCCGGCAGAUGGGAUUGCUACUGGAAGCCGUUAGGGAUACUGCAACACGAAAAACCAUUUGUCACAUAAUUGAGUUUAUAGCGAACAAAUGCAGUGCUGAAGAACUGAUGCAAUGUGCAACAAUAAUCGGUAACAUGAAUGCAAUGCAUAAACGCGGAUUGGAUAGACCAGAUUACGAGUGCCAAAUGGGAGCAUUUCGUGAUAUUGAUAAGCUAAUAGAAAAUCGUGGGAUUAUGGGGAUCGAUUCAACGCUUUUAAUCGUGCAUCAGUGUUUCUAUUAUCUGAAAACAGAGAAAGAUUUGGCAAUGCGUAACAAUACCAACCAUUAUCUACGGAAAAUAAUUGUUACAUCCCUCAACCAACACGGAACCGAUCGAAAGGAGGAUAUUCGGUACCUUAUUGAACGCAUAAUAUUGCCUGCCCUAAUGAAGGGUAUCAAAGAGAAUAAUGAAUCCUCGCGAAACGAAAGCAUACAAUUGCUGGGUGAUUUAUGUCGCGAUUGUGCCGAGCACUGUUCGGUUUUCUCCGACCUGCAUCCGUUCACUUGCAGUCAGGAUCGCGAGCUGGAUUUCUUCGAUAAUAUAACCCAUUUGCAAACCCACCGCCACCGGCGUGCAAUGAAUCGAUUUUGUAAGACAGCACAAAAACUAACCCAAAUCCCUUCCGCCCGUGCCCUCGUAAGCUUCCUCCUGCCCAUAGUGUCAUCCUAUUUGGGCUGCGAAAAGUAUCGAAAGAAAAGCAAAAUAACCGAAUCUGCGGGGAAUUGCGUUGCGGUCAUUGCUCGAAUGUUACCUUGGUCAGCAUACAAGGAGCUGUUGAAGCAGUACCUUAAUAGGAUGAAGCACAAUCUAGAAUACCGGAAGCAAACGAAAAAUAUAGUUGUUUCGUUGCUAGAUAAUUUCCACUUUGACUUGUCGGAGGCAGACGUGGCAAAGCUUCAGGACAUGGAUAGCUGUGUUCAGCCUGGAAACGAGGAGCUGGAAGAUGAUGAAAGCGUAACAAAUGUCACAACCAUCGACGAUACCAUUGAAAUUCCUACUGGCGAACCGCAAGAAAAUGAGACUUUCCAUACGCCUACACUCCCACCUAAACAGGCAAAAAUAUCAUUCCAAAGCCGAACGCUACUGCCUAAGGAGAGAGCUGAGGCUAUUUUGGAUGAUAUCCUCAGGACUCUACUUCCAAGUCUCCUCGCUACGUUCAAGUAUCAAGAAUCACAAGAUAGUAUCAAACUACACGAGAGAAAAGAGCGUUACAAACGCGAGAAAGAAGAGAUGAUAAAAAUCCCGAUCGCCAUUGCCAUCGUAAAGCUACUACAGAAGCUCCCCAAAAGCUAUAUGGAUUCAAACCUACCAAAACUCUUGUUUAAGGUAAUUAAUUUUUUGAAAUCCAACCUCAAACAAGUGCGAAGUGUUGCUCGCGAAACAUUACAAAGUAUGUUGCUGUCACUUGGACCAUCAUUCUUGGGGGAAACCCUGAAACAUUUGAAGGAUAUUCUAACGCGCGGCUUCCAAAGACACGUCUUGAUGGUGACGGUUUACAGUAUCUUAGAUGCAUUGAAGGAUCAGCUGAAAGCGGCUACUAUUGAUGAGAUUUUACAAAUCGUUGUUCAUAUGUGUGUCAACGACAUAUUCGGAUUGAUGGCGGAGGAGAAAGAAGUCGCCUCAGUCACCAGUAAAACUCCGGAAGCGAAACCAAGUGCGAAAAGCUACCUUAUACUUCAAAUUUUGGCAACCAACAUGGGUGAAAAGUCGACACUUGAUAUCAUCAUGCCUUUCAAAGAAAUCGUGUUGAAGACCCAGUCUAGAAAAACUGUAUCCAAGGUCCAAGAGGCGUUAAACAAAAUAUCAUCUGGGAUUUGUGCCAAUCAAAAUAUUAGCACAGAGUCAAUGUUGAUUCUCGUAUUUGGCAUCACUUCCUCGAGCACGCUCGAUUUGGCCGGUGGGAGUCAGAAAAUGGUGCAUCCGGAAAAGCAGAAAGAAAAACUGAAGCUCCGAAUCUCCGACAAUCUGCUUAUACCGGCCGAACCGAAACGAAUGGGAGCAAACAGCCAAAUUUCCUCUGCAACCGUUCGGAAGAGUAAUUCCUUCGUGUUCUUGGAAAUGGGACUGGACAUAUUACUAACGCUGAUUAAGAAAAACGAGGUUCUUCAGCCCGAAUAUGCCUCAUUUCUCGAACCUUUGAUUCCGCUGGUGAUAAACUCGAUGAACAGCAAUCACACGAAAGUCACCGUUUUGGGAAUAAAAUGCAUCUCUUCCGUUUGGUCCAGCAGGCUGGAACUACCCAGUGUUAAAGAGAAUAUUGAAAGGAUCGUGGAUAGUUUGCUGAAGGUGUUGCAUCAAUAUGCCACGGCUGUGAUAGGAUGCAACGAUGAGAAUUUCCAAUUGAUUAAAAGUAGUUUCAAGGCAGUGGUUACCCUGCUGAAGUAUGUGAAGUACUUCAAAAUAAGUGAUGACCAGCUGAAGGUGCUGUUGCUGUAUGUAGAACAGGACCUACAACAUCACGAGAAGCAGAAUAUGGCUUUACUUCUGCUAAAGUCUAUCAUUGGAAGAAAGCUUAACAGUAGUGAAAUUGCAGCAAUAGUUAAAAAUGUUGCUGGGCUAAGUAUUACCAGCGAGUAUGCUAAGGUCAGAGACGAUUCCCGACAAAUUGUGCUUGAGUAUCUUCUGAACUAUCCACUUGGAAACAAUGUCGAUCACACCAUCGAAUUCUUCGUUAGUCAGCUGGAAUACACGGUUCUCGCGGGGCGUGAAUCUGCGGUUCUGAUGUUGCGCAUGGUAUUCAAAUCAUUUCCGGCGGAAGUUAUCGCCCGAAAAUCUAGCUUCCUGUUUCUAACGAUAGGCAUUCGUCUUAUCAACGAAGAAUCCUCGGAAUGUCGUGCAUUAGUUGCCGAGUGUUUGGAAUCUUUACUGGAUAGAUUGAGUAAACCUACUCUAGACGAACUGUUCGAUUUAGUUCUACUCAUGCUACAGGAAAGCAGAUUAAGCCACCGAGAACUUGCUGCUCAACUGUUCAUUCGGAUGACAAACGUCGAAAAACAAUCCUUCGGCAGUAGAUUGAAUAAAUUAUUUCCCGCGCUGCUUUGUGCGUUGAAUGAUACAGAUUCAGAAAAUGCUGGAAAAUUCGUUAAAAUACAACGAAUUGCAACAACAGAUGAGAACGGUGCGGAAGAUCCUAGAGCGAAAGAUCAUUCGUUGAUUCAAAUACUGAACGCGUUCCAGAAAAUUUUCGAAAUUUGUCCGGAAACAUUAACGGAUCCAAAGUAUCAUGAAAUAACGGAUGAAUUUUCAUACAGUUUGCAACACUUAUUGACCCACGAUCACCAUUGGGUGCGGUUUGUAGCGUUGAAAAUAUUAAGCUUGAUACUCGAAAAAAUUGAUUCAGAAAAAAUCAAUCAAAUUAUGAGCGAAAAACAACUUGAUAACCCAACCCAACAGUUCAUAUACAGCAAUCCUAACGCGAAUUUGAAGUCACUUGUGUUAGACAUGUGUACGCAAUUGAUACCGACAGAAACGGAUGACGAUACCGCGGCUUUGAUCGCACAAAACUUACUUUUUGCUGCGAACAUUUUGAAAGAUUUCAAAAAAGAUGACGUCUCCGAAUUCAAGAAGCGAAUAGAUCUAAUUUGGUUGGUGCGAAGGGUUCGAUAUGUGAUUCAGAGUGAAGUAUCGAUAGCUCCCAACUCUUUCGUCUUGCGUAAACAUAUGUUCCACUGGAUGAGCGCACUGGUGGCACUCCUAGAUGAACAAACCCUGUUGAUGCUGGCCCCAUCCAUCCUGUCCCCUGUGUUGCGAGAACUAAGUGGCGGAGGUGAUCAGUUGGAUGAUUCUCUGAAGCAAACACUUCUGAGUUUGACCAAUCAAAUCAAGUGCAGCAUCGGGGCGAAUCGGUACGACGAAAUGUAUCUUAGCAUUCAGACGAAAACACACGAAAAACGUAUUUCACGGCAACGAGAUAUAGCCCUGCAGAAGAUCAACAACCCAAAAGAGGCGUUUAAGCGAAAAAUCGCAAUGAAAGGUAGAAGAAAGGAAGCAAAGAAACGGAAAACAGAAAUGGAUAACAAAAUCGGACGGGGGAAAGUGCAGUCGCAUUCGAGAAAACGAAAAACACUUGAAAAUCUGUUCGAGGAUCAAUAAAGUUACGUUACAAAUGA